AUGUCUUUCAAGAACGACGCUUUCCCUUCUUCUGCCGCCUUCGACGCCAUCAACUCGACUCUACAGGCUGAUGCUGCCGAGCGCAAAGAGGCCAUCAACAAGGCUAAAGCGGUGGUCGCCUUCAACAUCAAGAACGAUAAGGGCCAAGAAGAGAGCUGGUAUCUCGACCUCAAGGACAAGGGUGUUGUGGGCAAGGGUGCUGCUCCCGAGGGAGGAAAGGCCGAUGUGACUCUUUCCCUUUCGGAUGCCGACUUCACUGCCCUCGUAAGCGGGAAGGCCAACGCUCAGAGACUUUUCAUGGGUGGGAAGCUCAAGAUUAAGGGCAACAUCAUGAAGGCGACCAAGAUGGAGCCCGUCCUGAAGAAGGCUCAGGGCAAGGCCAAGCUAUAG